AUGAAUAAGAUGGCUAGUUCAGGAUUAUCGAAGCGUGGUGCUGCCAAUGUCGAGAAGAUCAUGCCGGGGAUAAGUGCUGCUUUGCUCGAAAGAACGAAGCCCACCGCUCCCCGGAUUGAUCUAUCCACGGCGGAGAACUGGCUGCUGCGCAAUGAGAUCAUCGAGCUGACCAAGGACGGCAUACGGGAUGGACUGAAGCCUCAUCAUCUGUCGUAUCCCAACGAGUUUGCUGGCGAUGCAGACCUGAUUAAAAGCCUGGCAGGAUUCCUCAAUGAAUAUUUCCGUCCUCACAUCCCCGUCGAGACUGAUCAUAUUGCGACUGCGCCUGGUGCGGCGACCUGCCUGAAUACCUUUCUCUACAACACCUGCGAGCCUGGCGAGGGAAUCCUUGUUCCCGCCCCUUUUUGGAAUGGCUUUGACUGGCUCUUUACUGCUCGAUCGUCCGCUGUGCCGGUGAUGGUUUACGUUGAAAAGAGCGCCGACACACUCACAUCGCAGCUCAUACCAGCGCUGGAAAAGGCGUAUACAGAAUCUACAAUCCCUAUUCGAGGCCUGCUGCUCACCAACCCUCAUAAUCCGUUUGGCCAGUGUUAUCCCAAGGCUGUGCUUGAGGACUGCAUCCGCUUCUGUCAUGCCAAAGGCAUUCACUACAUCUCGGACGAAGUCUAUGCGUUGUCCUCAUUUGAGAAUCCCGAGCUCCCAGAUGCGUCGUCAUUUGUGUCUGCGUUGGAGAUAGAUGUAGCCGGGAUUGGUUGUGAUCUCUCGCGAGUGCAUACAUUCUGGAGCACCAGCAAGGACUUCGGGUCCAGCGGCUUCCGCGUGGGAUGCAGCAUCACCCAGGCAAACAAGGAGAUGCACGUCGGAUUGGCUCUGGCUUCCAACACCGAGACGAGCAGCCUUGCUGCAGUAGCUACAACUGCUCUUCUCACGUCCCCGAAGUUGCCAGAACUAUUGAAGCUGAACUCCCAGCGCUUGAGUGAAUCGUAUAAGAUCAUUACGGAUUUCUUCAAGAAGCAAAACAUCACCUACAUUCCCGUGAAUUCUGCUCCGUAUGUUUUGGCCCGUCUGGUGCCCAACGCCCAGUCCUGGGAAGAAGAGAGUGCCCUCAUCGGCAGACUGAAGCAAGCUGGCGUCGUUGUCAGCAGCGGCAAGGCGUAUCACGUCAAUGAGGAAGAGAAGGGCUGGUGCCGAAUGACUUUUGCGAUAGAGCGGUCUAAUUUGGAGGAAGCCAUUAAGCGGAUGGAAACCGUCCUUCGACAGGACGGAACAGAUGGUUCAAUCAUCCCUCAUCUCCUGCUCAUCGCGGCCCAGAUUCUAAUACUCGCCGGCCCUCGUCUGCUUCCCGGUCGCCGAGCCAUCGCUGCCACGACGAUUCUCAGUCUCGCAGUGGUCGCCCAAUGCAAUAGAUUCACGAACAAUCCAGGCCUCGCCAACCUUUUCGCACUCGCCUGGCCACACUGGCUGUCUGCUUUGGAAAAGGUCGUUUUUUCCUCCCCCGAAGGACCUGAGGCAGAUCUAUGGCGGAUCGACCGCAUCGCCAAAGAAGCCACAACAUGGCCAACUCUGGGAUGGCGCAAAAUCAAAUGGGCUGUGACGUUGCUGUUAAAUCUCAGGGGUAUCCGAUGGAGUUAUCAGGUCAAAAAUGUGCCUCCAGUACCAGGUUUAGAUCGCAUGAGUCGCACUCGCUUUCUGCUAUGGCGGCUCGGAGAACUAGUAUUGGUGAUAUUGAUGGCAGAUCUCGUCUCCCAGAUGGGCCUUCGUUUCUUCUUUACCGAUGCUGCCGGAGUUGUGGGAGCGUUGGACUCCAAAUACAUCACCGUCAGUGACCACCGUCUAGGAUGGAGCUUCCUGAAGGCCUUGACCUUUGGACUGGGGCCGUAUUACUUCAUCAACAUGCAGUACCUGGUCGUCUCUAUCAUAGCUGUAGCCAUAGGCAUCAGCAAGCCAUCGGACUGGCCGCCACUGUUUGGUAAAUUGAAAGAAGCCACCACCGUACGGAAUUUCUGGGGAAUAUUCUGGCAUCAAAUGCUGCGCAAGUCUCUGAGCACCAUUACCGGCGCCUUUGUCGACGCCGUAGGCAUCCGUCGCGGCUCGAAUGCCUCAUCGUAUACGCAACUCUGGCUUGCAUUUACAAUCUCGGGGGUGAUGCAUGCUCUGUCGCAGCUGCUGAUGCCUCGACCAGCUAAUAUCACGCCUAGCGAGAUUGUUAUUGGUAUUUUCCUGUUCUUCCCCUGCCAGGCCGCGAUGAUCACGAUCGAGGACUUUGUCAUCUGGCUAUGGAAAAAGUAUGCUGGUCCACAGACACCGCGAUGGGCGCCGGUUUUGGGCUAUCUCUGGGUGAUCUGCGCGCUCUGGUUUGCGCUUCCUUUUGCUGGUGAUUCCAUGGUCCGCCUAAAGAUGGGAGAAGUGCCACCGUUGCCUUUUACUUUGGCCGCUCCUCUCGUUCGAAUGGUCCCCAUUCCGUAG